ACACGGUACACCGGCUUAAUAUACCGAAGAGAAAGAAAUAAGGAGAGGAUAAGUACAAUAAUUUCUCUUGAGACGAUAAUAUCACGAUUUUGGACACAUCAAUCAAUAUUAUAAAUGUCUCAUCACAAAUAAACCACCAAAAGAAGAGAAAAACGACAAAAAAAAAAAAAAAAGCACCUCGGCCACUUCGCCAACCAAUCUCAUCCCAAAACCAUUCGCGGUUUUCACAAAACCACCUUCUUCUCCUUCCACUUUUCCCCUUCUAUAAAUAACGCUUUCCUCUCAGCUCUCAGUUCCACGCUUUCAGACUCACCAAUACGAAGCAUAAUAAAAAAGAUCAAGAAUUUCGUCGAAUUUCUCCGAAUCAAACCUCGAAAAAGAUGAAUUACCUGAACAGGAUCUGGAUCGCGGCGAGCGUGGCCGUCGUUCAAGGCCACACUGAUCAAGGUAAAGGGAAAUCGGGCCUCAGAUCUCUCCAGCUAAACAGGAGGAGGUUCUCCGGAGGAGAAUCCGCCGGUCUCCGGCCACUCGCCGGCGCGAUCGGCACGGGUCUGUUCGGCCUCAUCGGGAAUUGCGAGGACCGGCUUAGGCAAGCCGACGACUCUCUCCAGAAAGUCAUGUACUUGAACUGCUGGGGCCAGGGCUGAAAGAAAGGGGAUUUUUUUAUGGAGUCGUCGGAGAUCGCGAGUCUCCGAUCAGAAUGAUUCGCUAGGUUAUAGGAGUUUUCCUCUUUCAACGGCGACUAUGAGUACUCACCGGAGGGGACGCGGAAUGGGAAAGAUGAGUUGACUCGGGGUUGACCGAGUUAGAACGGGCGAGUGAAACGUUGAGCCGUAAAGAAUUGAGAAGCUGUUGUAAAAGAGGGGAUGGGAAUGGAUGGAGCUAGAUUAGCGUUUGGUGUAAAUAUAUAUA